AUGGAGCCCCCCCCGGUGCUGCUGCUGGUGCUGCUGAUGGGGCUCCCCCGCCGGGCGGAUCCGGCCCCCGCGGCUGCCCCCGCCAAGGAGCUCUUCCCCCUGCCGGCCAGCGCCUUGCGAGCACUGUCCAGCCGGGGCACCCUGGUGCUUGAAGCCGCCCUGAAGGCCGCCCUGCUUUCCCUGGAGGAGGCGCUGUCAGAACACGGCCGGCGUCUGCAGGAGUGCAAGCGGUGCGGAUCCUGCCUCUCGGGCGACUGCAGGGAUCGGAGCAGACCCUGCACCCAGCUGGAAAACGAGGAGGGCGCUCCGAAUGUUGUGGCUGAUCAGUCUCUUCCAGAAUCCUGUGGGCGCCGUGUGGUCCCUGCCCCUAAUGUGACGCUGGCACAGGGGAAGAUUGUGGGGGGUAGCCGUGCGAAGCCGGGUGCCUGGCCGUGGCUGGUGUCGGUGAUGCUGAACGGAGAGCUGAUGUGCAGUGGGGUGCUGGUAGGGAGCGUGUGGAUUGUCACAACCGCCCACUGCUUCACUGGGAGCCGAAACGAGCUGGCCUGGUCGGUGGUCCUAGGUAACUAUGAUCUAACCAGGCGGGAUGAAGGCGAACAGGUGGUGCCCGUCAGCCGCAUCCUGACGCACCCCAAGUUCGACCCAAAGACCUUUCAUGGGGAUGUGGCUUUGUUGGAACUGACCGCUCCCGUGCGGCCCUCGGCCUGGGUGACCCCCGUCUGCCUCCCGGACCAGGCCGCGGAGACGAGCCAGGAACUCUGCUACAUUGUCGGCUGGGGCUCGCUUUAUGAAGACGGGCCACCUGCUGAGGUGGUGAUGGAAGCUCGGGUGCCGAUCCUGGCACAAGACCUGUGCCGUGCGGCUCUAGGGAGCCAGCUGGUGAGCAGCGCCAUGUUCUGCGCUGGGUACCUCUCUGGCGGCAUCGACUCGUGUCAGGGGGACUCGGGAGGGCCCCUCAUGUGCUGGGACCCUUUGCUGGAGCGCUACGUCUUGCACGGAAUCACCUCCUGGGGCUCUGGCUGCGGGGAGCGUGGGAAACCGGGGGUGUACACUCGCAUCACUGCCUUUGCAGACUGGAUCCGACAGCAGAUGGAGAGAUCUCCCUCCAGCCGAGAGGCCAGCUGUUCAGAGUGGCUGGCUGCCGCUCGGAUCCCGGGAGACAAACAGCUGGCAGAAGUCCGUCGCUUAUGCGCCUUCUAUGCGCAGCCGUGCGCCCGGUCGCCCAGCCCAGCAGCUUGUGCCCAGGCCGCUGAGGAGAAGUGCAAGGGGAAGAGACAGCAAUGUGAACUUCGCUCCUACCUCCAGAGCUUGCUGGAUUUCCUGCGCCGGGCGGAAGAAUUUUUCCGCACCCGGAUUGAUUUCUCUUUCUUCACACAUUCUGUCCCCCGAUUUGUGGAAGAAAUUUACGGGUACCUCUUCUCCCCUCGAGGGCAUCUGGACCGCCCAG